AGUUGUUUUGAAAAAGUAUCCAAGUGUAAGUUCUUGAUCAUUUCUUACUGAAGGAUAAAGAUAUAUGGUGUCUGGUAAUCUGUUUGCAUAAAAUAUCCUGUUAGACAAAUGACUGUUAGCUUAUUUUACAGGCCAAAACAGCCACAGUCCUUGGAACAAGAGGAAAAGAAAUGAAAACAGAAGUAGAGGAACUUUUUCACAGACUUCAACUUGAAGCCAAGUUCAACGAUAAACUGAGAGCUUCAGAUGUUCUUCAGAUAACUGCACAUUCAUUACAGUCCCAUGGGUCUUGUGCUGAGGAUCAGCUGGUACAUAUGUUCUUACAGAAGCUACUGAUGAUUAACUAUAAAGCAAGAAGUAUCACUGUUACAAAGACUAGUGAGCAUCACAAAAAGAAUCAACAAAAAUCCAAACAAUCAUCUGCAGAAAAUGCUGAUGUGUUUAGUAAACUUUUUGAUUGUCCAUCUUUGUCUGAAGAAAGCAAGAGAAGCACAGACCCGAUUCACCCGAUGGAUGUUCAGAUGGCUGUGUUUCAUUGUGCUGAUGGUUUCCUGAAGCAGCUGAUGGUCACUAAACUAUCUCAGUGUCAGUAUGCUCUACCUCUGCUUGUUCCUGAUCCAUUCACACAACAGAUUGAGUUUCAUCUCUGGACAUUCAGAGAAAUUAACCAGAGCUGGAAGAUAAAAAACAAUAACAAUGAAACUAUCAGUCAAAACCAACCGGUCUGGAAGGCAGAAACUCCAAUGGUGUUCUUCUUCAGGUUUGGCUCUGUGUCCUCAUCCAAGUCUCAGCUGAUCAACAAUCUGAUCAAUGAGAAACACCACACGUUCUUCCACAGACACUGCCCUGGCAGCAGCAGAACCAGAGUCCUGAUGGAUGGAGUGGUGGAGAUCGCCUGGUUCUGUCCUUCUGGGACACAAGAUGAUAAAUUCACCAACCGUGUUGCCUUCUGUAAUCUACACGGUGAUGCAGGAGAACAUGAGAAACAGCUGGAUAUAAUGACUAACAUGGCGUCAGUCAAUGUGGUUGUUUUACCAACACUGGACAGGAAUGACAAAAGAAUGACAAAAAUCCAAAACCUCUACAAGGAUCCAAAGCCACUGAUUUGCCUUGUUCCUGAGAAUGAUUCAGCUCUCACUGAGAUGGGAAGCGGAAAAUAUAGAAUUGGUUUGAAAGACAGAGGUGACGCAGAGGUGUCUGAAGAUCUCAGAAAAGCUAUUACAAAUUGUCUCUCAGAAUCAUCUUCCACUUUCAGACUUGAAGAUGUGUCCAAACACUCAGACAUUAGAGUAGAUGAGGAAGAUGAUGAUGACUGCAGGACAGCAAAGGAUGCGGCACAACAAAUGAUCGGUUUCCUAGAGAAGAAAGAUCUGACAGAAAUCAAAGAAUCCUUACUGCCUCAUCAGGGCAAACUGUGGCAUCAGUGGUGUAAGAUGAAUAAAGAGCUAAAUCGACCUCAAGGGGAUCACCCAGAAAUGGAAAUUAGUAAAAAAAAAGAUGAGAUGAUGAAAAUCCGUGAAGAGCAGCAUGAAGCUCCCAUCAGUGAGUUUAUAAAUGUAUUCAUGAAAGAAAUGAACUCACAUGUUACAAAUAAGUCAAUGUUUUUCCUCAAGUGGCUCAGAAUCCUCCUGGAUGAACAUACCUCAGCUGAUCUUUCUGAUCUACUUCACGACUACAAUAAAACAUGGACAGAAGUCUCUAAACUAAGUAAGAGCAGUAGCAGUAAUAAAUCUGUGGAACUGUUGCCUAAACAAACAGAACUUUUGGAUUUAUCAAAGAAACUUCAAGAAGCAACCUUUGGUUUGGAGCACAUCAUGAGGGAGAUCGGUCAGAUCUAUGAAUCAUGUUCAUCUGUGAAGAAGAACAAGAAAGACCUGCAGAUUCACUUCUCUUCUCUCCCGAGUCUCGCAGCAGAGAUGAUGAUCUCUGGAUUUCCACUGGAGCUGAUGGAUGGAGAUGCUGCUCAUGUUCCUCUGGUCUGGAUCUCUGCUUUUCUAGAUCAACUCAUCAAGAAACUGGGAGACCAGAGAGUCUUUGUGCUGUCAGUCUUAGGGAUUCAGAGCUCUGGGAAAUCCACCAUAAUGAAUGCCAUGUUUGGACUCCAGUUUGCCUUCAGUGCUGGAAGAACAACCAGAGGAGCUUUCAUGCAGCUGGUCAAAGUGUCAGAUGGGAUGAAAACACAGAUAAACAUCGAGAUGAAAAAACAGAAAGACAUUGACUAUAUUCUGGUCAUUGAUACUGAAGGUCUUCAUGGUCUAGAACUGACCGGAAGAUCAACAAGAGAUCAUGACAAUGAAUUGGCCACAUUUGUUGUUGGUCUUGGAAAUCUGACAUUAGUCAACAUCUUUGGAGAAAACCCAUCUGAGAUGCAGGACAUUCUCCAGAUUGUGGUUCAGGCCUUCAUGAGGAUGAAGGAGGUCAGACUGACUCCCAGCUGUGUGUUUGUGCAUCAGAACGUUGCAGACGUCACAGAAGGAGAGAAAAACAUGGAGGGAAGGAGACGACUGCAGGAGACACUGGAUAAGAUGACAAAACUCGCUGCUGAAAAUGAAGUCUGUGAUGCUGAGCGAUUUAGUGACGUCAUUGCAUUCGAUGUACAGAAAGAUGUGAAACUCUGGGAAGGCAGUCCACCAAUGGCACCACCAAACCCUUCAUAUUGUGAAAACAUUCAAGACCUUAAGAAAACUAUUCUCUCUCAUGUCUCAGAAACAAAUGGCAUGAUGCUGACAGACAUAAAAUGUCACAUUACAAAUCUCUGGGAGGCUUUGCUGAAGGAACGCUUUGUGUUCAGCUUCAAAAAUGCCCUGGAGAUCGCCACAUACAGGAAACUGGAGACAGAAUACAGUAAGUGGACCUGGAGUCUUCGGAAGGCCAUGCUGGAAAUUGAAAACAAACUACAGAACCAAAUAGAAAAUGAAGCAAUCAGUGAGGUUGAGGAAACAGAUCUUCAAGAAGAACUAAAUGUAAAAAGUGCAGAAGUUAAAAAAUCAAUGACAGAAUUCUUUGAGAGAGACACCAAUGCCAAUAUACUGAUUCAGUGGAAAACAUCGUUCGAAAUAAAGGUUUCACACAUACAGGAAAACAUUGUUAGAGAAACGCUGAAGAAACUGAAUGUGGUGCUUAAACGGCGAGACCUGAAGAAAAAGAUCGACGCUCAGAAAACACAAAAUGAAAACACUCUCCUUGAGAAAGCCAAAGAUCUUGCCUUAACUCUCAAAGACAAAGCACAUGAUGAUCAAAUCCUGCAAACAGAGUUUGAUUCAUUUUGGAAAUAUUGUGUGAGUGAGAUUACCAAAGACACACCUCGAGUCCAAGACAUUGACAUCUUAAAAGACAUGAAGGAGGUCCUCAGUGACCAUGAAUGUUUUUCAGACCUCGAGACAAAAAGCAAAAAGUGCAAUAUUUUAAAAUUGUCAAGCUAUUCAGAGUAUAUUCAGCUUUAUAUAGUUGAAAAAGUAUUUCAAAUUUUUGGUUAUUCUAACGAAUAUGAUGCCCAAAUCUACAAACUCAUUACAGACAUUGUUGAGCAAGUAUAUAAAAUGAUAAUGUCAUAUAACAUUGCAAAGAUGGGCUACAAUAAAACUUACAUUCAAGAACUCACUGGUUUCAUCAGAGCAAAGAUAGCAGAACAUGAGGAAAAAGAAACUACGAGGUAUACGUUCAAGAAACACUUCUUUAGUGAUUUGGUAUUUGCCAUAUUUAAUAAAGAACAAAAGACUUUUGUGAAACAACACAACAUUUUCAAGGAAGCCAAUGACCCUGUUCUGUAUCUUGCAAGAAAGAGAGAAGAAUAUUACAGCAUUUUCCAGAAAUACUGUCAGGGAGCAACAUCAGCAACCAUUAUAGGAGAGAUCAUCUGUAACAAACUCAAAGAUCCCAUUGAGCAGAGCGUCUACAAAAACACUGCCCUGAAUUUGGCAGAUGACAUGAGAUCAAACUGUGAAUCACUGAAUGGAAACAGAUCCAAACUUGAGAAACACAUCCUGAAGAGACUGGCCCAAAAGGAGGACUUUAAGGCAUUCAUAACCUACAUUCAUGAUCCCAAAAAACACUUCAAGAGUUUCAUCAGAGAUGAAAUCAGAUGGUACAUAAAUAUCUUCAACAUCAGUGUCCUGCCCAAGAUGAAAGAUGAUUUAAGACAGAAAGAGAAUCAGAUCAUAGCAGCGGUGAACCGAGCAUCUGAAGCAGUCGAUGAAAACAGAGGAGAUGCUGAUCUGUGGUUGAAGAAAUUCACACAGAGUUUAUCAGAUGUGCUGAUAUUCUCUGAAAAGGAUCUUCAAGGAGUGAGUCGUGAUGAUAUUGAUGUAAAACUCCUAGCAGAUGUCAUAACAAAACAACUUCCUUCUAUAAUAUCUGACAUUAGCAGUGAAUUCAGUACAAAAUCUUUUCUAAAGAAGCUGGAAUAUAAAAACAGGCCCAAUGAGAUUCUAUAUGAACACCUCUGUACAUGUUGUUGGGUUCAGUGUCCGUUCUGUAAAGCCAUCUGCACCAACACAGCAGAAGACCACGACACAAAACACAUCAUCCCUUUCCAUCGUCCUGAUGGACUGAGUGGGUGGCAUUAUAGAGGAACACAAACUCUCACUCCAGACUUUUGCACAACUUUAGUGGCAAGUACUAAGAGUUUUCACCCAUCUCAUAAAUCUGGAAAAGAAUCCAUUCCAUAUAAAGAUUACACAUCAGCUGGAGGUGUUUAUGCUGAAUGGAGCAUCACCCCUGACCUCUCCGAGCUCUCAUACUGGAAGUGGUUUGUGUGCAGAUUCCAGAAAGAGCUGGAAGAAUACUACAAGAUGAAGUUUCAAGAUCAGGGUGAGAUCCCGAAUGAAUGGAGAAACCACACAAAACAGGACGCUAUUGAGAGUUUGGACAAAUACUUCUGAACAAGCAUAAUAAACAAAUUAAUGAUUCUUUUUAGUCUUCUGAAUAAUAGUUUAGUUGCAGAAAAUCUU